AGACUGCAUAACAGACACACCUCCCAGUCCUGUUAAGCUCAGCUAAACACUCUUCACAAUACAAAUCCCUGUGCACUGCAAGUCAGCAUGUUUUCACACACGCAGCUGUGCAAGCUGGAGACUGUAGUCCAGUACAGUAAAGAGCCACGAGCCUUGUUGUCUUUCCACACCUGGAUAUUUAUCCAGGUUACUUGGUGAACUGGAACGGUGACCUAUCGGAUUUUUAUAUUUUAAUUUUGACUGUAGGGUCAGCUUAACUAAUAAUUUAGUUAACAGUAAUAGUUUUACGCAGUUGAAUCGGCUGGCUUCGCAACAAGAUUCAUCUGCCUCGGAUUUCUGUUUGGUCAGGACUGCCGCCAGACAUGCAACCGGGGGUCUUUGUGCCCACUGCGGCUGCGCUGGGCCCGUUUUGCCGAGAUUGUCUCAGCAGGGCACGGAGUUUGCCCAGACUCAGCCUCAGUGGUUUGCACAGGCAGAUGAGCAGGUGGAACACCCGGGACUCCAGCAGCCCCCUACCUUCACAGGAUAACCCCCGUAUCCUCAUCACAGGUGGUCUUGGGCAGUUAGGUACGGGACUGGCACAGAUACUGAGAAAACAUUACGGAAAGGACAAUGUGAUCCUGUCAGACAUUAAGAAGCCUCAACCUGAUGUUGUGGAGAGUGGUCCGUUUUUAUACGCUGAUGUCUUGGACUACAAACAUCUCAGAGAACUGAUUGUAAAUAAUCGCAUCACUUGGCUGGUCCACUACAGCGCUCUGCUUAGUGCUGUAGGGGAAGCCAAUGUGGCUUUAGCACGCAAGAUCAACAUCACAGGGCUUCAUAACGUGCUGGACUUGGCACUAGAGAACUGCCUGCGCCUCUUUGUCCCCAGCACCAUUGGAGCGUUUGGCCCCUCUUCUCCACGUGACCCUGCCCCUGACCUCUGUGUCCAAAGACCUCGAACUAUCUAUGGCGUGUCCAAAGUUCAUGGAGAACUGAUGGGGGAGUAUCUCCAUCAUAAAUAUGGUUUGGACUUCCGCUGCCUACGUUACCCAGGUGUGAUAUCAGUCAACACACCCCCCGGGGGAGGAACUACAGACUAUGCCGUUCAAAUCUUCCACGAUGCUCUCAGCACAGGGCACCAUGAGUGCUACUUGCGUCCCGACACCCGCCUUCCCAUGAUGCAUAUCUCUGACUGCCACCGUGCCACAAUAGAGUUCAUGCAGGCACCAGAUUGCCAGCUGUCUCUGCGUACCUACAACAUUGCUGCCAUGAGCUUCACUCCAGAGGAAGUGGCCGAGGAGAUCCGCAAACAUCUCCCUCACCUCAAAGUCACCUACAAUCCUGACUCUGUCCGCCAGACCAUCGGUAGGACAUGCAGACAGCUGGCCCGUGAGGUUUGACGACACCAAUGCCAGGAGAGAUUGGGGCUGGGCACCAGAUUACACACUUGAGGAGCUGGUGUCAGACAUGCUGAGAUCCAUUCGAGAGAAGAGGACAAACGAGGGUUUGCCAGACAGCUAGCGAUACAUGCUACACAAAGGCUAACCAAUGACUUAUGUUUGACUUUUCUUCAGCCUGCAUAUACGACUUUUCUUUUCACAAAUUGUCAACCAGUAUCCUCUGUUACUGUGGAACAUUACAGCAAUGAGCCAGGAACUUUGUAAAUGAAAGUUGAACUCUCAGUCAGAUGCUCUCAGUGUACAGUGGACAGUGAGACAUCACAUGUUACACACUCAAACACACACAGCCUUUUUCAGGGAAUAAUAUACUGUCCAAACAUCCUUUCAUCCAUGUUGUUUUUAAUUGUAAUAAUGGCAUCAGCAUCAGUUUACAUUUGUUACUUCGGACGGAACAGAAAAAGACUUUAGAGAUGUCCAACUGUCAUGCUUAUCACAUCAAUGGACACAAAAGUCUGUUACCAUUUCUAUGAAACUGUCUUAUACUAUAUGGAGUUGCACAUUUAGAGUAACAAAUCUGUUGUACACUUUGAUUCCAGGAUCAUCUGGAAUGGCUUGCUCAGUCACCUCUGGACUGUAAUGGAACAAUUCUGGCUGUUUUAAAAUGCAAUCUUUUAUAAUAAACAUCACACACUAUGCAAUCCCCCUACCCUUACUGUGGCAUCUAACAAGAAGCCUUUAUUUUGCCUUUUCGCCAACAGUGUGAUUUUAGUUAUGAAUGAGCAGCAAUAACAAAAGAAGCCUUGUUAACUGUGGAUUACUUUGGAAAGCAAUGUACUUUGAAUUAAGAUCUUGAAUAAUAAACAUGAUACAGUGGUAUGCAAAAGUUUGGGCACCCCUCUGAGAUUUCAUGACAAUUUGCUUUUCCUUUAUAAUAGAAGAUCACAGCAACAACAUUUGUUUUCCUACAAAGAUGUAGACGUUUUAGUGUUUUCCAGACCAAAAUUCUUAGGGUAGCAUUACAUAGUUUUAUUAUAAUAAAAUAAAAUGCAAAAAAUGGGAUGUGCAAAAGUUUGGGCACCCUUAUAAAUAGCAUUCAUUUCAACACCUGUACGGAUUUAUAGCUGACAGGUUGCUGCACAAAAUUGCUUUGAUUAGCUCAUUAGACCUUCAAUUACAAAGACAGGUGGAACCAAUCAUGAAAAAGGCUAUUUAACAUAGGUAAUAGCUGGCUGUGCCUGGCCUAGGUUCUUUCUUAGGGAGUGGCAAGAUGGGGACCUCAAAACAACUCUCCACUGACCUGAAAGCUAAGAUAAUCCAACAUUAUAAAUUAGGAGAAGGGUACAAAAAAUUAUCUGACAGGUUUAAACUGUCUGUCUCCACAGUCAGAAACGUAGUUGUGAAAUGGAAGGCCACAGGAACAGUCCGUGUGAAGGAAAGAUGUGGUAGGCCGACAAAAAUAGGGGAAAGGCACAGGCGAAGGAUGGUGAAAAUGGUCACAGAGAAGCCACAGACCACCUCCAGAGAACUACAACAACAUCUGGCUGCUGAUGGUGUAGUUGUUCACCGUUCCACAAUCCAGCGUACUUUGCACCAGGAAGAGCUCAUUGGAAGGGUGAUGUGCAAAAAGCCUUUCCUGAGUGUUAAUCACAAGAAGAGUCGCAUGAGGUAUGCAAAAGCACAUCUGGACAAGCCAGAAGCAUUUUGGAACAAAAUACUGUGGUCAGAUGAGACCAAGAUUGAGUUAUUUGGUCAUAACAUGAACAGGUAUGCAUGGCGAAAAAAACACACUGCAUUCAAUGAAAAGAACUUGUUGCCCACUGUAAAAUUUGGUGGAGGAUCUAUCAUGUUAUGGGGCUGUGUGGCUAGCACAGGUACUGGAAAACUUGUUAAAGUUGAGGGCCACAUGAAUUCCUUACAGUACCAGGAGAUUCUUGACAAGAAUGUUCUAGAGUCAGUCACAAAGUUGAAGCUACGCCGGGGUUGGAUUUUUCAGCAGGACAAUGAUCCUAAGCACCGAUCAAAAUCCACCAAGGAAUUCAUGCAGAAGCACAGGUACAAUGUUCUGGAAUGGCCAUCCCAGUCCCCAGACCUUAACAUCAUUGAAAAUGUAUGGAUUUAUUUGAAGAAGGCUGUCCAUGCACGGAGGCCAAGAAACCUGACUGAACUGGAGACGUUUUGUGUGGAAGAAUGGGCCAAAAUACCACCUGCCAGGCUUAAGGGACUUGUCUGUGGCUACAGGAGGCGUCUACAGGCCGUUAUUGCAGCAAAAGGAGGCAAUACUAAAUAUUAAUGGAAUUAUUUCUUAGGGGUGCCCAAAUUUAUGCACAUGCCUAUUUUUGUUUGAAUGCACAUAAACAUGUUUCUGUUUGACCAAUAAAAGUUAUUUCACUACUGAGAUGUUUCUGUUACCAUAAGGUAUAACAUAUGUUAAAAUGAAGUUGCUGCUUCAAAAGCUCAGCAAGUGACAAACUGAUGCAGUGGUUUUCCUAAGGGGUGCCCAAA